UAAAAUGUAUUUAUCAAAUGAAGAAUUUUUUUCAUAUAUAAUUCAAAAUCAAUAAUUGAAUUUGGUGAUUAUUGAAUGAUUAUAAUGGUAGUUUCUAGAGUGUUUAUUUUUCUCUAUUGUUUUAUUUCUUAAUUUUCUUACCUUAUUUUGCCUAAACUUCUAUUUUAUACUGACCAUUUGUAUUCGCUUUAAAAAAAAUUGGUAAUUGAAUUGUUUGUAUUAGUGUGUUUAUAAUGAAUGGUGGGAGGGGGGUUAGUGAAUUUUACAUAUAUUUCGAUUGACGGGUAAAUUGAUUGAAGAAUACAGUAUUUUCUUAAUCUACUGACCAAUCACUAGAUUGAUAAUCAAUAAUAUAUUGUCUAGAUCUUAAUGUUGAUUUUUUCCCCACCCAUUUAUAUUUAUAAAAUAAAUGGUUCGAUUUAAAAGAGGUCAGUUAACCGUAUAGACAUUGUUGAGAGUAAUCUAGCUCUAUAACAGUUCCUUCAUUGAUAUGCAUGAUGAUGGAAAUUGAUUUAUGUAUACUUUUAAGGUUGACUUAUGUAGGUUUGAAUACUUAAAUAAGUAAACUUUUUAUCGUAAAUCCGUGACUCUUACAAUUUCAAUUCUAUAAAUUUAUAAUCUUUAAGUGAAUUCACGAGGAUUUACGGUAAUUUGAGUUUAUUUACGGUCUAUUUGGACCAGAUAGACUGGUUCUUUGUGUAGUUACUGUUAGUAUACAAUUAAUUUGCUUAAACUAUCAUUAGUGUAUACAUGCGGAUACAUAAUAUUGUUACGAUUAUCAAUUACCGUUUAUUAUGAGGUUAUAUGUAUUAUUAACAGUUUCCUCGAUGUGGUUAUAACGUGAAUCGCACAUUACAGUUUACGUAACAUAGAUGAACUGUUUUUUUAUGAGAUGAUGAUUUGUAGGUUAAGAGGAUUUAUUUAGUGGUACUUAUUUCUCCAUACUGAUUAGCGUUUUUUUAGCGAGUUAGUGUCAGUAUUCAUCCACAAUGAACACUAUGGAUCAUUGUGGAACAAUCAGAUGAAUGGAAUUCAUCACUCUACAUCAACUUCAUUGAGUACGACAAAGCAUUUGAUAGCGUGGACAGGACAACACUAUGGAGGCUUCUUUGACACUACGGCGUGCCUCAGAGGGUAGUCAAUAUCACACGGAAUUCCUAUGAUGGAUUAAACUGCAAAAUCGUGCAUAGAGGACAAUUGACAGGCUCGUUCGAGAUAAAGACCGGUGUCAGGCAAGGUUGCUUACUCUCACCUGUCCUCUUUCUCCUGGUGAUCGACUGGAUUAUAAAGACGUCACCACCUGAGGGGAAGCAUGGGUUACAGUGGACAGCCGGGAUGCAGCUGGACGAUCUAGACUUCGCAGAUGAUCUGGCCCUUCUAUCCCAAACGCAACAACAGAUGCAGGAGAAGACGAACAGUGUGGCAGCAGCCUCAGCAGCAGUAGGUCUCAACAUACACAAAGGGAAAAGCAAGACUCCCCGAUACAACACAGCAUGCACCAAUCCAAUCACAAUUGACGGAGAAGAUUUGGAAGAUGUAAAAACCUUAACAUAUCUGGGCAGCAUCAUUGAUGAACAGGGUGGAUCUGAUGCAGAUGUGAAGGCGCAGAUCGGCAAACCAAGAGGAGCAUAUUUACAACUGAAGAACAUCUGGAACUCAAAGCAACUGCCAACCAACACCAAGGUCAGGAUUUUCAAUACAAAUGUCAAGACAGUUCUACUGUACGAGGCGGAAACCUGGAGAACUACGAAAGCCAUCAUCCAGAAGAUACAAGUGUUUAUUAACAGCUAUCUACGCAAUCGCAGCUUCCGCUGUAUAAAUCAUAUAUUUCAAAUAUACGCAGUUUAUAUACAAGCAAAUCAGACAGCACCACACCAUAAAACAGAAAAUAACAAUUAUACAAGAUCAAGUCAAAAGUGGCUGUGAGUGUGGGAGGCUGAAACUAAUAGAACGAGAAUAACUAAGCAUGUUAAAUCGUAUAAUAGUUAAUAAGUCAUUUGAAAGCUUAUGAUAAAAGGAAUAUGAAAAUGCAUAUAAUCUAGUGACUUAAUUAUCCAAUAAGAAUGUACGUAAUAAUAAUCCAUAAACAAUUCUUAGCAGUUACCAUUCAUUUAUUCUUCAUUAGGAUAUAACAUAUAUUUUUUCUGGAUAUCACUAGUGCAGCAUUGUUAUGAUACAUGCCUCUCUAGAGAUUGGAAUCUAUCUAUACAGACCAUAACAGAUAACCUUGUAAAACAGAUGUGUUUAUACGAGGUUAACGCUGAGUCGUGAAUCAAUGUCUCGAUUGAAAAAAUAUCAGAUAAACAAUCAAAAGUCCCGCCUUGUUUUUAUACGACUUUAAGUUAUAAUAUUAUAAAUCGGGGGAGGGAAAGAGGGAGGGGAAGAGGUAUCUAUGGGAUGUUUGUGUGGUCCUGAAUAUGGCGUUAAACUAAUGGUUUCCGUAUUUGGACUCAAUGUUAACAAGGAUUUAAUUAUUUUCUUGUUACACUUUAGGUUCAACGUGCAUUCCAUUUUUCUAUCAGUUUAAUUUUUUAAAUGUUUAUAUAUAUAUAUUAGAAUAUUUUGGGUGUGUACACUGUUCAAUAAAUUUGGGAGGUCCCGUAAUCAGGAAUCGUUAUUUUUAAAAUUUAUUUUUACGUUUGUUUGCUAUUCCGUAAUUCACAGUUAUAUGUUCUAUUGUAUAAAUAUACAUAUAAAAAACUCGACAAUGGCAUCACAUUUAUUGCUUAACGAGAUCGGGCUUCAACUUUUAAAAAUGAACUAUUAAAUACAUCAAGUUAGUUAGAUAAUUGUAGACAUCUCUAUGCGAAAUGAAACUUUGGACUUAUUAUUUUAAAUAAGUUAUUUCAAGGACGGAAGUCAUUGUUUCACUUGCUAUGAAAGUAUUUAUUGGGAUCGAAGGUCUUGAGCUUGAGAUUGGUAGGAUCAUGAAAGCGUCUCAUAAUAGUACGGAACAAAAGUUUAAUGCUUCUUCGGUUUUAAUGAUUUUUUUUAGGUCGGUUCAUGAUAUUGAAAAUAUUUGAUAAACUAAUUUUACUACUUAAUAAUUUUGAGUAGCACGAAAAUAUCUGAAAAUUAGGUGUGAAAUAUUGUUAGAGCGUUUGCAACCUUAUACCUUAACAGUUGUUUAGUUCAUGAAAAAGGGACAGAAGAUACUAAUUCACUGAUGAAGCCUCUUGCGAAAAACGAUUUUUUUGAAUGCUUUUAUGUUGCAGAAUCCUUAUGUAACGUCAUUGCAACUAAAUGUUUUAAAAUCAAUUUGAUUGACUCCACUUGUCAUGAUAUCAUUAAAACUUACACCUGACUCUGGUAGACAAACGGUUUUCAUUAAAUCAGAAGACCUUCAAGUAUAAGUUUGAAUAUCGAAUGAGUAUUGUGAUAGUCAACGAAGAAACUGACUAUUUUUAAAAAUAUAAGCUGAUGAAUUAAUAAUGAGCACAUAAGAAUAUCAUACUGAUCAAUAGAACAAAAGUUCUUCAAUGUGAUUUUGUAUUUAUUUGUUAUUAUUAUUAUUUUAGGUUAGAAGAUUAAAAAAGAGAGAAUAGUUUUAUGAUUUUAAUUUAAGAACCAAUUAUUUGUAAAAAUGAAUUAUACGGUCUGAACACAAUAGUUUUCAUUUGAUAAAUCCUUUAUAAUUACCAAUUUAAGUGUCAGUCAGUCAGUCAGCUAGAAAGUAGGCACGUAUAUGCGCCGGCCCAAGUAGCCACAUAUCAUUAACACAAGAAGGUUAACACCGAAUUCAUAAAAGCAGUUACUUCAAUGCUACCUUGACGUGGUGGUCGGGCAUGCAUAUCGUAAUGAACCAAUCGAGCUAAACUGGCUUGAACAAUCGUUCCUUAAGGUCCUACCAUGACACACAGGUCGUUUGGUGAGCUGUAAGACUAAUAGCAGCAAAUCCAAGAUCCGAGGGUGAAGUCUUACUGCUUACUGUAUAGAGGUGUGACAGUAGUUAGGCGUUUCAUCCAGACAACCAGCAUUACAGCGAUGUUGGUGGUGGGGUUAGAAAAGGUCGACUCUAAAAAUGCACACCUCACCUUAUCUCACGCAUAUCCGUCUCCGGUGUUAAGGACGCAACAAAUAUGGAGCUAACACGGAAAAUACUCACGAGAAGGUCAUGUGUGACCGACCUUAAGCAGUUAUCACUUGGGCACUGUGGAUACACUCUCAAGUCACUAAGACCAUCCCUAACCUAAUUUCCCUUUCAUUUGCCUCUAGAUGAACCCUUCUUUGGUGUGGGUGACCGGGAAAUGGUAACCGACCUCGUACCAUUAACAGCACUCAACAUCACUGUACAUUAUUUUUAUACACUUCAGAAUCAUAUAACCUGUACUCCCUAUUCACAAUUGAUUGAUCACUGGGUGGUGAUCAAUCUCAUGCUUGUCUAGUCCUUAAUAGUGCAGAUCGAAUGCUAUCGAUCAUGUUGCAAUGUGGCCACCAGUCUAGGUGACUCGACACUGCGGGCACUAUGUAUUGAGAUUAGAUGGUGGUUGGAGGUAGUCAGCAGGAAACCCUGUCCCGGGUUUCGUGCUACUUGGCACUCGUCAGCAAGGUGUACCUGUAAUCUUGAGGGAACUGGUGCUCCCUGACGGAUUCGAUCUCGUGUCACCCAGCUUCACAGUCAGAGACGUUACCAC